CUUCGAAUCUGCAAGAGCGAUUUGUUGCUUUGGACUCUUAUUGAUGCCUCCUCGUAGUCAGCAGAACCAGGUGUGUCGUUACUGGCAACAGGGAAACUGCCGGUUCGGCGAUAGUUGCCAGUUUCUUCAUCCCGGUGCCGGUAUGGGGCCAGCGGGACGGCAGGGCCAGCCGUCCAAUCCAUUCGCGGCAUUGGGACAGCCAGGGGGGAACGGAGGAGCCACCGGAUUCGCAUCGACCGCUGCAGCGGCAGGGAACCCCGCGGCAGAUUUCAAGGCAUAUCUCCGCUCAGGAGGCUUCCCCUACACAUGUGAGCGACCACAGGCACUCGCAUCAUGCACGGAGGACAGAGAUGUUCACAAUGGACAUGAUAUGGUCUCUAUCCUUUCAGGCCUGAAGGGCGCUCCGAACCAGCCGUUGCUGAUGCAAGGUGCGACAAGAAGGGCGUGUCGGUGCAGUAUGAUUCCGAGCAGAUCUCACUGCGUGCUAUGGGAUGUGUGCAGAUUUGUUGAGUCCCGAGGAGCUGCGGUGGAAGUCGAUGGAGGCCGCAGGCGGCCAGCUGAACCAGCAGGCAUCCCAGAUGGUGGAGCAACAGGCGCGGUACGGAUGCAGAGGACACUACCGCUAGCCGCUUAAAUUGUGAUUGCGUUGCGCUUGCGCCCUGUCUGUUGAUGAUUUCAGUGCCCGUGUGGAGUCGAGUUUUGCGCAGCUAAGUCAGACUGCCCCCGCUCCGUCCAGCGCUGCAUCGGCUGCAGGGCUCUCUGGCCCAGCCCCGCAGAACCCCUUCGCGCAGCUGCAAAGCGCACCGUCGCCCUUCGGCCAGCCACAGUCAGCCCCGUCGCCAUUCUCUGCCAGCCCGACCCCACCCCAACCAUCGCAACCAUCGGCACCGGUGUUCACUGCGCCACCGCAGCAGCCGACUGCGGGAGGGAUAUUCGGCUCAGCGGCUGGCAGUGGUGGUGUGUUUGGAUCAUCAGCAGCGGGGAUGGGGAGGGGUGGAGGGGUAUUUGGGGGCGCUGGUGGGUCGGCAACAAGCAAUCUGUUCGGCCAAGGGGGUGGGUCAGGUGGCAGUGUGUUUGGAGGUGGGGCUGCAGCACCUGCAGCACCCGUCGGAGGCGGUGGCGGGCAGGUCAGUGAAUAAAUGGAUGCAAUGCAAAGGGGGGAGGAUGCAUGUGCACAUCCCCAUAGAGAUGACUGCGUUGUGCCCCGUUUGGUCCUCGUGCGAAUCACCCACACAGAUAAUGAAUCCGUUUGCGGCGGCGCAGAGCGGCCCAUCGCCGUUCGGCCCUCCACCAGUAGCAGCAGCUGCAGCAGCUGCAGCUGCUUCGUCUGCAACAACACCCACGCAGGGAGAGGCAACACCAGAGGUGAGUAACCCGAUCCACGACAAUCAAUGGUGAAUGAUGGAUGGCAUGUAUCCGUGUGUGGAUCAGGUGGUACCGAUCAGUGGGGAGUCGCAGCGCAUCUUCGCAUCCAAGGAUCCAUUUCCGGUGGGCUGCAGAAAGUGGCUGAUGCGUCCAUGUCGCUCGGUGGAUGUCUGUUGUCUGUUGUGCGUUGCCCAGGCCCGGCAUGAGGGGAAGGGCGGCAUUCCGGAGGACAUGCCGCCAGCUGACGUGUGCACGGACGUUUGAUUGGUGAUGGUAUGCUGUGCAUGAGCGAAUGGUCGAG